ACACACCAUGAGAAGUCGUAUCAAGAAUAUGUGGCAAAUAAAGCUAAAGAAAGAUCAGUACAGCUAGAGAACUAUUACGAACAGAUAGUUACCAGAACACAUUCAGAGCUCAAUAGUUUGAAGUCCCAGAUAGCAUCAGCUAAAAAAGAACUGGAAGCAGCAAAGAAGAAAUAUAAUGAAGCUUCAGAGAAAUUGAUGGAAAAGAGUCGCCAAAACCAGAAGCUACAGUCGAUGUAUGACACGUUGCGACGUAGAUAUAAAACAAAGAAAGUUACAGACAUAAGAUCAUUUGAUACUUAUGAAGACGAAGCUCCUCUGAUACGCUUUUUGAAGAAAACUGUUCCAGAAAAUGGGAUUAUAUUGGUCGCCAGUUUUGAUGAUGCUUCUCAAAAUUUAAAAGAAGAUAGUAGAAGGUGGUUAAAGUUGUAUGGUAGUAAAGCUGUAACUGAUCUUAGUUAUCGUGAAGGAUUUGUAAUGGUAGGACAACGUGGCUUGAAUGAAGGACUGGCUGUUGAAUUUAUAAGCUAUGCUGGUGUAGAUGGAGAAUGGCCAAAAGCUUUAGAGAAUUCCUUUUGUGUACCAAAGAAAAUAACUGGAAGACAGAUUAUUCCUGAUCCUGAAGUCCAUAGAAAUGAUGAAAGACGAGGAUUCUGUAAAAAAUAUAAAGGAUAUUAUGAACUCUGUGAUC